UUGGAUAUUUUUCUUUAUUUACAUUUCAAAUGUUAUUCCCUUUCCCAGUUUCCUGUCCAUAAGCCCCUUAUCCCCUCCCUCUCCCCAAUAAGGAUGUUCCCCCCAUACCUCCCUUAACACUCCCCUCCCACGACAUUCCCCUGCACUGGGGGGUCCAACCUUGCUCAUGGAUUAGCAGGAUUUUUCCUUUGAUGAAUAUGAAGUGUCCUUCCUUAUCUUUUUUGAUGAUUUUUGGUUGAAAGUUGAUUUUAUUUGGUAUUAGAAUGGGUGCUCCAGCUUGUUUCUUCAGACCAUUUGCUUGGAAAAACUCCAGCGUUUCACUCUGAGGUAGUAUCUGUCUUUGUCUCUGAGGUGUAUUUCCUGUAUGCAGCGAAAUGCUGGGUCCUCUUUAUGUAUCCAGUCUGUUAGUCUAUGACUUUUUAUUGGGAAUUGAGUCCGUUGAUGUUAAGAGAUAUCAAGGAAUAGUGACUGUUGUUUCUUGUUAUUUUUGUUGUUGGAGGUCGAAUUAUGUUUGUAUGUCUCUCUUCUUUUGGUUUUGUUGCAAGGGGAUUACCUUUUUGCUUUUUCUAGGGUGUAGUUUCCUUCCUUGUGUUGGAGUUUUCCAUCUAUUAUCUUUGUAGGGCUGGAUUUGUAGGAAGAUAUUGUGUAAAUUUGUUUUGGUCAUGGAAUGUCUUGGUUUCUCCAUCUGUGUUAAUUGAUAGUUUUGCUGGAUACAGUAGCCUGGCAUUUGUAUUCUCUUAGGGUCUGCAUGAUAUUUGCCCAAGGUCUUCUGGCUUUCACAGUCUCUGGUGAGAAGUGUGGUCUAAUUCCCAUAGGUCUGCCUUCAUAUGUUACUUCACCUUUUUCCCUUAUUGCUUUUAAUAUUCUUUCUUUGGUUGGUGUUUUUACUAAUAUGUGAUGGGAGAAAUUUCUUUUCUGGUCCAAUCUAUUUGGAGCUUUGUUGGCUUCUUGUGUGUUUAUGGGCAUCUUUUUCUUUAGGUUAGGGACAUUUUCUUCUAUAGUUUUGUUGAAGAUAUUUACUGGCCCUUUAAGUUGGGAAUCUUCACUCCCUUCUAUACCUAUUAUCCUUAGGAUUGAUCUUCUCAUUGUGUCCUGGAUUUCCUGGAUGUUUUCAGUUAGGACCUUUUUGUGUUUUACAUUAUCUUUGCCGGUUGUGUCAAUGUUUGCUAUGGUAUCUUCUGCCCCUGAGAGUCUCUCUUCCAUCUCUUGUAUUCUGUUGAUGAUACUUGCAUCUAUGACUCCUGAUCUCUUCUCUAGGUUUUCUAUUUCCAGUGUUGUCUCCCUUUGUGCUUUCUUUAUUGUUUCUAUUUCCAUUUUUAAAUCCUGGAUGGUUUUGUUCAAUUCUUUUACCUGCUUGGUUGUGUUUUCCUGUAAUUCUUUAAGGGAUUUUUGUGUUUUCUCUUUAAGGGCGUCUACUUUUUUAUCUGUGUUGUCCUGUAUUUCUUUAAGGGAGUUAUUUAUGUCCUUCUUAAAGUCCUGUAUCAUUAUCAUGAGAUGUGAUUUUAAAUCCAAAUCUGGCUUUUCUUAUGUGUUUGGACAUACAGUAUUUGCUUUGGUGGGAGAACUGGGCUCUGAUGGUGCCAAGUAGUCUUGGUUUCUGUUGCUUAGGUUCCUGUGCUUGCCUCUUGCCAUCAGGUUGUCUCUAGUGUUAGCUGUGUCUGACAGUGGCUUGACCCUCCUGUAGGCCUGUGUGUGAGCACUCCUGUAGACCUGUUUUCUUUCAGCUGAAUCUGGGAGCAAAGAGCUGCUCCUGGCUUUGCGUGACCUGAAGCCUCCAGGUGGUUGCUUGGCACAGAAGAGUUGGUUUUACCUCUGCUCUCAGAUUUACUGUACUGGACAUGGAUUUCCUCCUGUGGCUAAGUCCUCACAUCCAAAAGCAGUUGGUUAUCCCCACGAUGGUUAUGCCAUCACCAUGCCCUUGAGCAUCACUUGCCUGCCAGGCUAUGGGAAACCCACUCAGAUCUACCUCUCAUGGGCCAAAUAGACUCCACCCAGAUGGUUCCACAGACCCUGGACAUCAAGGAAUCAGCCAGCUCUCCUAAGACUGAACCAACAUCCCCAUCAGCAUUUUCCUAGGUUGCCUAGAGACACGUGGUCCCAAGUUUCUCCACACCUUCUGCCUUUGAUGGUUGGUUCUCGUGAAACAGCUGACUUCCUCCAAAUGACUGUCAGCUGAGACGUCUCGCCACCAUUUCUAACAGUCUUGGAAGUGAGAAACCACUGCAUCUGCUUUGUUCACAUGUAACAUAGAGAUUCUUCGAUGCAGUGUGGGAAGGACAGCACCAGCUUGAUUCCAAUUUUAAAACCUUGCAAGGAGGAAGAUUGAAAACAAGAGCCCUCUCAGCCCUCUUAUUUCCAGCUUGAAGAAUUUAAUUGGAUUUUAUAAUAUCAGAAGGAAUCAAUGCUUGCUUUUAGCUUUUCUAUUUUGGGUGAAAGCUCCGCCCCCAGCGGCCUCGCGGUUGCGCAGCAACGAGCACCCGCGGUUCAAAAGCGAGCCUGGCGGCUCUCUGCCACGCAGGCGCAAACGGUUGGGCGCAGAGCGGCCAGCAUGGCCUUCGUCAACCUGGUGCCCAAACUCUACCGAUCUGUAAUUGAAGACGUAAUCGAGGGUGUGCGGGACCUCUUUGCUGAGGAAGGCAUCGAGGAGCAGGUGUUGAAAGACCUGAAGAAGCUCUGGGAAACCAAAGUUUUACAAUCUAAAGCGACAGAGGACUUCUUCAGAAAUAGUGUGCAGGCGCCCCUUUUCACCCUCCAGCUGCCACAUGGCUUACCGCCAGCACUGCAAUCAACAGCAUCGUUGCUGAUCCCGGCUGGUAGAACCCUCCAGAGUUUUACGCCAGAAGACCUGAAUGCCAGCUGUGCAGCAAACUUCGCCUUUCCUGGCUAUCCGAUUCACGUCCCAGCAGGCAUGGCCCUCCAGACGGCGUCCGGUCACCUUUACAAAGUCAAUGUACCAGUCGUGGUGACACAGACUUCAGGGAGAGCAGAGAUUCUCCAGCAUCCGUUUCAGCAAGUCCUUCAGCAGCUUGGGCAGCCUUCAAUAAUACAGACCACGGUUCCAACAUUGCACCCAUGCUCUCUUCAAGCCGAAACUGAGAAAUCACACAGAAUGGAGACUGCGCUGCAACAGCCUACCGUUCUGCAUUCCACUCCAGUGGACAGGAAACACACAGAAAAUGCUACCAGCGAGAGGCGUGUUCUCCCUGGGAAUGAGCUUCGGCCGCAGGAAAGCACUCAGUACAUCAGCCUUCCAGGUGUGGGGUUUCCUCCUCAGGUCGCUCUAACAGAGUCUAGCCUGGAGCCAGUGCUCGGUGCCUCAGCAAACCUGACUCAGAAUCUACAUGGUGGUCCUUUCACACAGGGCCCUCCGGGCACUCUCCGCCACCACGUGCUUGACACACAGCUUCAUAGCCUUAGAGACAGGAUAUAUGGAUGUGAUUCUGUAAAGCAACUGAGGAAAAUAGAGGAGCCCAGCAGCCUCCGUGUGUCAGAGAAGAGUUGUACUUCUGAGAGGGAUCUGAAUAUUCAGGUAACCGAUGAUGAUAUUAAUGAAAUAAUUCAAAUAGAUGGAACCGGCGAUAACUCUUCUGCUGAAGAGGGGGGAAGCAUAAGGGAUGCAGAUGAGAAUGAAUUUCCAGGGAUCAUUGAAGCCGGCGACCUUAAGGUACUUGAGGAAGAAGUGGACAGCGUAUCAAAUGAAGAUUCAACUGCAAACAGCAGUGACAACGAGGACCAUCAAAUAGACGCCCUAGAAGAGGAUCCCCUAAAUUCUGGAGAUGAUGUCAGUGAGCAGGACGCGCCAGACCUGUUUGACACAGAUAAUGUAAUUGUCUGUCAGUAUGAUAAGAUUCACCGGAGUAAGAACAGAUGGAAAUUCUACUUGAAAGAUGGAGUCAUGUGCUUUGGAGGGAGAGACUAUGUGUUUGCAAAGGCCAUUGGUGAAGCCGAGUGGUGAGCACCAGAGGCUCGGUCCAUCAGCUCUGUGAACCCACGUGGGACUACUAUAUUGUAUGUGUGACCCACAUUCUUAUUUUAUAUGUGGUCCAUCGAAGAAUCGAUUUUACUUUUUUGUUCACUAUAUGGAAUUAAAUAAAGUAUAGUUCAAAUGCA